AUGAGUUUGACACUGGGAGAAUUAAGUGAUGCCAUUGCUUCACUUGCGGAGGGUUGCAGCAUGGAGCAGCUAAGUGGCCUUGCCCAACAGUGCGAAUCCCAUCUGGCAAACGUUGAAGGAAUCAUUGACGCAGUAGAGAAUGCGCUUCGUACAUCGCACGGUGGGCAGCGACUGGUACUGUGGUUCUUUAUUGAUCGACUAGCAAAGCAACACGUAAUUUUUCUUGAUUCCCUCCGGCCCCGCCUGCGAUCCCUUGCCACAACAGCAGCGCCAGCAGCAGACGGUCCCGAGUGGGCCGAUUUCAAAAGCCUUCUCAAAUAUUCUAUUGCAGUAGUGUUUGGUGCUCCUCUCGUGUCUCUGAUUUUAUUAGAGAUUGAUCCAGAAACACAGAAGGAAACAGCGCGUAAUAAUGCCAGUGCAUCGGAGCGUGAGCGCGGUGUUGUGGCGCUUCACAGCUGCGCUCUGAGGACUGCUGGUGCCUUUUCGACGAAGGCUGUGAUGACAGAGAGGCCCGCGGGGGCUAAACACAUACUUCAAGUAAAAACUAUUGAUAGUCAGGUUGCAAUGAACAUGGCGAGCAGUUAUGCACCAGCACGACCUCAAGAAAUUGCUGUUCCUGAGGUUCAACCUGAUGCCGAUGCACCGCAAGGUUACAUGAAAGCGGUUCCUGCAGAAUACCUGAAGAAUUAUCAAAACGCGCGGCGAAAACGCCUUCGAGAGAUUAUGGAUCGGAACCGUGAGGAGAUGGACCGCCGACAGGAGGCGGAGCUUCUUAAUGCAGUCCGUGGUGUAGCAGCUGAGAAUGGCAAAGUUCCCGACUACUCUGAUGUUGUUAUGCCUUUAGAGCUUCCUCGUGACGAACAUGGCGUGAAGCGCGGGUUUUUCCCACUUGGGGUGCGGUUCAUUCGUGAGGCGAUACGAAGUUGCGGUGGUGCGGUUGAAUUGGAUGUGUUGGUUAACCGUCUGUCUACUUUAGCAAGCAAAGAGGUUGUUGCCGAGUUCGGUGACGUGCGUGAGUUUAUUCUUAUCCACCGUCCCACUUUUCGUGUAACAAAUGAAAAGGACCGUUGGAUCGUGCGUCUCGCUGGCGAUGAGAACUCUGAUCCGACGUGGGAAUCUAUGCAAUGUCCGCUAUGUUCCAAGGUUUUGCGGGGGAGGAACCUCGCGCGUCACGUUAACUGCAGGCUUUGCGUAACGACACAAAUUGCCCUUGGACUUCACGGUGAGGUGCGGAGCCCCAUAUCCGAACUUGCUUUCGUGGCGAAGUCUAUAAUUGACCGUGCAAAUACAUUUGAUGACUGGGACCUUGAACAUUUUGCUGAAUGUAUAGAGCGUGCGGCUGCAUGUAGGCGCUUUAAACUUUCCUCACAGGCAAAGUUUGCCCCAGUCUUGAAAGCAAUGCGUGUGGUACGCAACAGGUGGUUAGCGCGCAAGGGUGUUGCAGAAGUUGCCGACGCUGUUGUGAAUCCUGGUGAUGCGGCUAUUGUUAAUCUAUUUCGUGUUAUUGGGCGUAACGUUAACAGAUUACCUAUUCCCUGGAUUGAUAUGGGAGACGUGGUUGACAUGUGUAGUCGGUUUUCCACCGGCGUGCUACCGCCUUUCAACCCACCACCCCGACCAGCCGAUCCCCGGAUUAAUUUAAACAAUGAAUAUCCGGGGUUCUUGCUGUGUGAAAGCGAAGUGGACGAUGAAGAUGAACCGAGUGAUGAUGAGGACGCCUUCUCCGAUGAUGAUGCGCCGACCUUCGUGUUUGCACCUCCUGUUGAUUUAGCCGAGACACUCAUGACAGCAGGUUUUGAGCGGGACACGAAGCGACUGCAGCAUCGGAUGCGAACAGCCCCACCGUUGGUGUUGCAACGGGUACUGAAGGGAGACCGUACACAAACUCAAAGGGACAUGUAUGCUGAUGUUGUAGCGUCUGGAAACUACAUUUCUGCUACUCAGUGA